AUGGCGGACGCUUUCUCUGAUGAGCAGAUCCAGGAGUUUUACGAAGCCUUCUGUCUCAUCGACAAAGAUUCCGAUGGGAUUAUCACGAAGGAGAAACUAACGACAGUGAUGAAGUCUAUGGGGAAGAAUCCAAAGGCAGAACUACUUCAAGAGAUGAUGAGUGAUGUCGAAAUCUUCGGCAACGGUGGAAUCACUUUUGAUGAUUUCUUAUAUAUCAUGGCUCAAAACACUUCCCAGGAAUCGGCAUCGGAUGAGUUAAGGGACGUAUUCAGAGUGUUUGACAGAGACGGUGACGGUUUCAUAUCUCCACUUGAGUUGGGAGAAGGAAUGAAGGACAUGGGGAUGAAGAUAACGGCGGAAGAGGCGGAGCAUAUGGUUCGAGAAGCCGAUCUCGACGGCGAUGGUUUUCUCUCUUUCCAUGAGUUCUCCAAAAUGAUGAUCGCUGCGUCUUAUUAG